UCCUUCUGACUGUGAGUGUGAGGUGAGCUGAUUAACAGGCUGUGUGGUCACCUUUGAAGGCACAUUCUGUGACUCCUCAACAUACUGUCACCUGAGGAAACAAUCCAGACCCCAUCAGGACCAGGACCAAUGGCUGCUUCUCAGGGACUGUUGACCUUCGGGGAUGUGGCUAUAGAUUUCUCUCAGGAAGAGUGGGAAUGCCUGGACCCAGCUCAGCAGAAGUUGUACCUGGAUGUGAUGCUGGAGAACUACAGCAACCUGGCCUUUCUGGGUAUGUCAUCUGAAGAUGACCAGGCCUUUAUUCCAACACCUGGAAUACAAGAUUUAUUCUCUGAAAUAAUACUGAGUACACAUAUUAGAGACAGAAGUUAUCAAUGGAACGAACAUUGGAAAAACUUUAAGCAAGAGUCAUAUCUUAAUCAUUGGAGAAGUGAGUUCACAGAGGACAAUUAUGAAAGUGGAAGAGUCUGUGACCCAAGGGUCAGUCACAAAAUGCACAAGGUUGUUCCUAUCAUGGAGAAGACACACAAAGAAAGUAAAUGUGUCCAGUCUUUUCAGCAAUCUUCAAAUUAAACUGAACAAGAGAAUAUUCAUACUGGGGAGGAGGCUUACCAAUGGAACCAUUGUGAUACAAUCUCCAGUCAAAUAUUCAA